UUUCGUCCCGGGUACUUAAAUCAGCUGGCGAGAAUGAUGGCGUUCAAGAUCCCAGGUUCUAAUAUCCAUGCUUCAACCAUCGAUAGUCGAAUCAAAUUGAUGAAGAGAAUGUUUCACGCACUUGCGGAGAUGCGUGGCCCAAACUGUAGUGGUUUUGGGUGGAAUGAUGAAAAAAAAUGCAUCGUCGCUGAGAAAGAAGUCUUUGACGAUUGGGUAAAGAGUCAUCCGGCGGCGAAAGGCCUCCUUAAUAAGUCGUUUGUCCACUAUGACGAACUGUCGUACGUGUUUGGCAAAGAUCGUGCAACAGGAGGUCGGGCUGAGAGUUUUGCGGACAUUGGGUCAAACGAUCCUCCUGGGUAUGACGCAGAAGCUGCUGAUGCUAUGCCAGAUACGGACUUUCCGCCAAUGUACAGUCCGGGAUUGAACAUGUCGCCUGAUGAUUUGAUGGAAACAAGAACCGCUAGGGUCAGUGAACGUAGAAAUGUUUCAAGCGGGUCUAAGCGGAAACGUCCAGGACAUGCCACAGAUAGUGGGGACAUAGUUCGUACUGCCAUUGAGUAUGGAAAUGAACAACUUCAUCGCAUUGCUGAAUAG